UUAUAUGCAUUUACCUAUAGUUUGCAUGCGAUUGCAUAACUUGUGUUUCAAAUAUAACAAUCUCAGUGAAAAUUCAAACGCCAUUACUUCGAAUACAAUGAAGCCAUCUUAUAGAAACGGCUUCUGCUCAAGUAAAUUAUUGUAAAAUAAUUAAUACUACGAAUAGAACAAUUUUUAGUACAAAGACAAUAAAAAGUCUAAGAGUUAAGGUACGGAUUUGAAAAUGGGACGAAAAUCAAAGCGGAAGCACAAAACUGGACAAUCUUUCAAAUCGAAUAAUUCGAAAUACAACGCACGCAUCGACGAUGAAAUAAUAGAAAAAUCAUUAGCCGAAAGUAAGCCACUUUUGAUAACGGAAAGAUUAAACAUAUCCCCGUAUCACGCCGAAGAGGUCGACGACGAAGAAUGUGAAUUGCAACUGGAUUUUCGCCCUCGGCCUUACUUCGCCCCGAGUCUUUGCUACUUUUGCUCAAAGCCAUGCACCGCUGAAACGAGUGUGCCGUGUGAUUCCUGCAAUAUGGUCGUUUACUGCUCUCUAGAGCACCACCAACAGAACGUGAAAUUUCAUAAACAAUUGUGCACGGUCGUCACCGAAAUUUGCCGACGCAAUCACGGACUUGACUUGGCCAAAAAUUUAAACGCCGACGAAUACAGAAGUUUUCGCAUCGAAUUGUUGCACAUUGUUCAAACGGCCUUAGGUCGACGAAUGGAACUCUGGGAGCGGGAAAUUUUGCUCUAUCCAAAACUGUGCAGAGCUUGUCACGCGUCCGAGAAUUUGGAGCAGUGCGACAAGUGCCUCAUGGAAUUUUUUUGCAAAGAUGAUCCUGUUCACAAGAAACAGCAUGAUUUGUAUUGCCAGGAGUACAAAGUCUUUCAAACGAUUUUACGAACUCAGAGAGACAAUGGAUUUGUUGCUCCCAAGAUACCGGAUUAUAUAUUUGAAGAAAACCACGAAUUGCCAGAUAGUUUUGACGAGUUGAUUAAGCAAAUAUUUGACAUCGGCUGCGACUACGAAAAAAUUGACUGCACAACUUAUGCGGCUUUAUCGCAAAUUGCUAGUCCAGCUUUGACGGCUUUUUAUGUUUUACGGAAACAACUGAAGCUAAACUUGAACCGAAAAAUUUUGAAAAUUCAUGUUAUUGGAGCGGAAUUACAAUUUGAGUGUGCUAAUUUGGCUGUAUGGGAAAAAUUAUUCAUGCACUUGAUGCCGGGAAUUAAAAAUUUAAGGCUUGAAUUUUGUGGUCCAGAAUUUUACGUGCCUCCAGAUAUAGCUAAUGUUCUUCAAAAACCCAAAUUAUGCACUAGUUGUCGUACGAAAGGACGAACCAUUGAUAUUAUUUUUCACUGUGGGAAAUUAUAUCACCAGGUUGAAAAUGACAAACCGGAUUUAAUUUGUUUAUUUAACCCUGGACUUUACCGAACAACAGGAUUUGCAAAUCAAGAUACUUGGCCUCUAACGAUAGAAAAAUUUUGUAACUAUGGGGUACCUAUACUAAUUACAUCCUAUACCGAAGUAGAAUUGCCCCGAGAUUUGCAGCGAAUUCGUGAUAUUCGUGAGGCUCAAGUGGAAUGUGAGCCUCGACGCAAUCCAUUUGCCUCGCUAAAACCGGAACGUAAUUUCGUCAGUGAUGAUGUAGCACCUCUAAUAUACAAAAAUUAUUUUUUAAGUGUGGUAAAAGGGAUCAAUUCAAACAAGACUGAACGAAGAUGUGCGAAUCCUGCAAAUAAAGUUUGAAAACAAUUUGAAACAAACGCUAAUAUUUUUUC